AUGGCUUCCCAAAAAGACCAACAACACAUCCUCAUCCUCGGUGCCGGCGUAAUCGGUCUAACAACCUCACUCGUCAUAUCACACACCUACCCUACCGCCAAGAUAACCGUAGUAGCAAAGCACUUCCCCGGAGACCGCUCCAUAGAAUACACAUCGCCCUGGGCGGGCGCCAACUGGUCCUCCAUGGCCCACGACAACGGGCCGCUGGAGAAGUACGACGAGGUCACCUUCCACCGUUUCGGCGAGCUUAUCGACGGGAAGAGUGUGUUUGGUUGUCAGACGCUUAAGGCUGGUGAGACGGAAGGCGUCGAUGGGGUGAAUGGAGGAGGGAAUGAAGCGGGGUUAGGGAGAAUGGGUAUGUGGGCUGCGUUCGAUGAGCCGAUUGAAGAGGCGGGUGUUUUGACUGAGGAGACGGGCAAGGUGUGGUAUGAUCAGUUAGUAGGCGGGUUAAGGCAGUUGGAUGGAAGUGAAUUGCCCAAGGGAGCGAACUUUGGGUUCGAGUUCCCAAGUACGUUCAGGAUCAACACGCAAGUGUAUCUGCAGUGGCUCCAAGCUCAAGCUUUGUGCAAAGGCAUCAGUCUCGUACGCCGACACUACCCUUCCGUCUCAGAAGUCCUAAGCGACCACCCGUCCACCACCCUUCUGGUAAACUGCACCGGUCUCGGCUCCCUCAAACUCUCCGACAUCAAAGACACGAAUCUAUACCCAACACGUGGUCAAACACUACUGGUCGCUGAACCCAAAAUACCAAUCACCAGAAUGUAUGAAAUGGAACGAGUCAAGUCUUUCCGCUCUCCAAAGCGCAUCGAUCCCACAACAACCUACGUCUUCCCCCGUCCGCUAGGCGGCGGCGUGAUUCUAGGUGGCAGUCGACAGGACAACGAUUGGAGCGAAGAGUGGGAUGAGGAACUCGGUCAGGAUAUCAUGAAGCGGUGCUGUGAGUUGUGUCCUGAGUUGGGGAAGCCGGAGGAUCUGCAGGUUAUUGGGCGGAAUGUGGGCUUGAGGCCGUCGCGCAAGGGCGGCCCAAGGAUCGAGACGGAAAUGGGCAAGUGGAAGGUCCCGGUUGUGCAUUGCUAUGGACAUGCUGGUGCGGGGUAUCAGUCUUCGUGGGGCACCGCCGAGCGUGUCCUUGAGCUCGUUCAGAAGACGCUGACGCCCAGCUCAAAGCUAUAA